AUGCGCUCCCCGAGGCAGGAGGCGGGGCCGCGCCCUCGCCACGUGACGGGGGAAGAGGUGAACCCGGAAGCGGAAGCGAGGGGGAAAAUGGGUCGCGUUGCCGUGGCAACGGUAUUCAGGUCUUCAGCGGUAAAAGAGUGCAUCCACGCCAUACUGAAGGAGGAGCUAGCCAACGUGCAGUACAACCCGGAGGAGACGCCGCAGCUCACAAAGCAGUUAUCUGAGACCAUUAAAGACAGGCUGAAAGAAAAGGGGUUUGACAGGUACAAAAUGGUGGUGCAGGUUGUGAUUGGAGAGCAGAGAGGUGAAGGGGUGAACAUGGCUGCCCGAUGCUUCUGGGACGCUGACACAGACAGCUAUGCACACGACGUCUUCAUGAAUGUGGCCGAGGCCAUGGCGGAGCGGCCGCGCAAGCACCACCGCAAGUCCAAGCGCUGCCUGCUGUGCGAGGCGCCCUUCCCGGGCACGGCAGAGGGGGAGCUGUGCCCCGAGUGCGACGCCCCGCUCCCCGCCGCCCAGCUGGACCUCGACACCGAGUGGCGCAGCAGGCCCCUGUCCCCGGGUGGCGUCAGCGAAGCAGGGUAUCGGAUCAUAUGGAAGACCAUCUCGGCUGAUCUCCAGUCACGUCCGUUAGCUUGA